UUGUGUGGCUCAGCUUUUGUUUCACUGACUUCUAGGAAAGUGCAAGUGGUUUUCAUAUCUCUAUACUUUUCGCCAGAGGAGCUGCUGUCCAUUCAUACUUGAUCUAUACACAGUGCUGUGUGUGCAUUAUUCAUCUACAGAGAGCGCUCUUGAAUUUGGAUUCAGAUAAUCUUUGAUCAUUAGAACUUACUUCCAUCGGCUGGAAUCAGAUUUGCAACAAGGAAGUCUGUCACGAUCAUGAUCUAAGAGACUUGGCUCACCUUGUGGAAGAAUUUACUUUGCAAGUGCUUUCGGUGUGAUUUCACAGAAGAAUCAACUUUCAUUUUUGAAUACUAUCGUACAAAAAAAAGAAAGAAAAAAGCGAUGGGAGAGGCUGUUCUUGGGGCAUUCCUUCCGGUGCUGCUUGAGAAGUUGGCGAAUCGAGAGGUCAUUGAGUACUUCGGACGCCUUAAGGGGGUCGACAAAAAGGUGCUGGAGAAAUGGACUGGAAUGUUGACUGCAAUUGAAGCGGUGCUGAGUGAUGCGGAGGAGAAGCAACUAACACAAACCAAUGUGAAACUGUGGCUAGAUGAUCUCAGAGAUUUGGCUUACGAUGUUCAAGACAUAUUGGACAUAUUUGAUACCAAAAUGCUGAAGCGAAGGAUAGAAAGACAAGAAGGAAGCAAAAGCAAGUUAUGCAUCAGCUCACUUUCUAAACUUAAAUUCAAUUUUAGUCUGAACUCAGAAAUCAAGAAGAUUACUGAUCGACUAGAAGGGAUAACUACUCGAGAAAAGCAGUUUGGUUUGAAGAAACUUGGAGGGUCUAAAAAGCCAUGGAAAAUGCCACCCACUACUUCUCAACUAGAUGCACCUGUGAUCGGAAGGGAUGAAGCAAAAGAGCAGAUUCUUAAGGAUUUGCUCUCAAAAGACAAGCAUCGUACCACCGAUUUUCAGAAUUUUCAUGUGGUUUCCAUUGUUGGUACGGCUGGACUAGGAAAGACAACACUUGCUAAACAUGUAUUUAACGAUGCUGUAACGCAACAGUUUUACCCAAAGGGAUGGGUGUCUGUGUCCGAUGACUUUGACAUUGUAAGGGUGACAGCAGCAAUUCUUGAAUCAGUCACGUCAGCUCAUGUUCAGGAAUUCAAGGAGCUUAAUUCAAUUCAGGAGAAGUUAAGUAAGGAAUUGGCUGGCAAGAAGUUUUUAAUUGUUCUAGAUGAUGUCUGGGACACAUGUAAGUAUGGUCAAUGGACAACACUGCAGUCCUCCUUUCGUCUUGGAGCAGCUGGAAGUAAGAUCAUUGUGACAACACGCGAUACCAAUGUUGCAAAAAUGAUGGGAGACACUAGCCCUUAUAACUUGGAGUCGAUGUCAAAAGAUGAUUGUUGGAAAAUCUUUGAGCACCAUGCACUCUUAAACAACAGACCCCAAGAUGUUGAGUUACUUCAGGAAAAAAUUGUAGUAAAAUGCAAUGGAUUGCCGUUGGCUGCAAGGACACUUGGUGGUCUUUUACGUUGUAAAAGAGUAGAAGAAUGGGAAGAAAUAUUAGACCACAAGAUGUGGACUCUAUCAGACCGCCAGACAGACAUCCUUCCAGCAUUAAAAUUGAGCUAUCAUUAUCUCCCUUCGAAUUUGAAACAGUGUUUCUCCUACUGUGCAUUACUUCCAAAUGAUUUUGAAUUUGGGGAGAUGCAAUUGAUCCUUUUGUGGAUGGCAGAGGGUUUGAUUCUGAAGCAACAAAAUAAACAAAUGGAAGAUUUGGGCCGUCACUAUUUUCGAGAGUUGGUGUCUAGGUCAUUAUUUCAAAAAUCAAGCAAAGGAAACUCGCGAUACAUAAUGCAUGACCUCAUUACUGAUUUGGCACGUUGGGCUGCAGGAGAUUCAUGUUCUAGAUUGGAGGAUAUGCAGAAUUAUGACUCACAACAUAGAUGUUUGCCCAAGGUUCGUCAUUCGUCUUACAUUCGUGGUCAGUAUGACGGGGUUAAAAAGUUUGAGGUUUAUUCUGAAGCUAUAUGUCUGCGGACAUUCUUACCACUAUCACUAUCAGAUUACCACUUUAAUCUGUAUCUGGCUCAAAAGGUUACUUCUGAUUUAUUGCCCAAACUCCAAUACUUGCGACUGCUCUCUUUGAGUGGAUAUCAAAUGACCGAGCUGCCAAAUACAAUUGGUAAAUUGAAGCAUCUACGGUAUCUUGAUCUUUCCCACAAUCGAGAAAUAAGAAGUUUGCCAGACUCAACAACCACUCUUUACAACUUACAAACAUUGAUAUUGGACGGAUGUUCUCGAUUGAAGGCACUACCCACAAGCAUGAGGAAUCUAGUAAAUUUGCGUCACCUAAUGAAUUCGAAUACAUCUUCAUUGGAAGAAAUGGCUCCUCAGCUUGGUCGAUUGACUAAUCUCCAAACAUUGCCUAAUUUUGUUAUUGGCAAAGCUGGUAGUGGAUCAGGAGUAAGAGAGAUUGGGUCAUUGUUGCAUCUGCAAGGGACAUUGCACCUAUCAAGACUAGAGAAUGUAGAUUGUGUCGAGGAUGCUAGAAGUGCCAGCUUAAAGAGCAAGGAGGGGCUUGAAGCUCUGUUUCUUUCGUGGUCUUCUUCAAGUGACUCAACAGAAAUUGCAAACCAUGUGCUUGACAUGUUACAACCUCAUACCAAACUCAAAGAGCUCACCAUCCAAGGUUAUGCCGGAUUGAAAUUUUCAACAUGGAUUGGAGACCCUUCAUUCUCUAAUGUGGUGCGUGUAAGGUUAGAAGGUUGUCAUCAUUGUCAACUCUUGCCGCCAUUCGGACAAUUGGCUUCUCUCAAAGAACUUUAUAUAGAAAGAAUGGAUGCAGUGGAAAGUGUUGGUAUUGAGUUUUGUGGAGAAGGUAACUUGCCGUUUCAAGCUUUAGAGACCCUUGAGUUUCAGAAACUGAAAAAUUGGAAGAAGUGGUCUGCUUGCCAACAAAAUGAGGGGGUUGUGGUUUUCUCUUGCCUGAAAAAGCUUUCCAUCAGCGACUGCCCCAAAUUGGAGGGUAGUUUACCAGAGAAGCUUGAUUCAUUAGCACAGCUUCAGAUAUCUGGAUGUGAGGAAUUGGUGGUUUCAAUAUCCAAUUAUAAACAGCUUCAUGAAUCAUACAUCAAAAAUUGCAAGAUGGUGGUUUACGACACAAGUCCAGCUCUCUUGGACUUACUAGAGAGGUUGACAUUUUCAAAUGUUUCAAAGCUGAGAUUCGAAAGACAGGCGUUCAUGAAAAGCUUGAAAAAUGUUAAAGAGUUGAAGAUUACUGGUUGUGAGGAGCUGACAUGUUCCUUUCAGAAUGAGGAUAGAUUACUGCAACAUUUGAUUUCUCUUGGUCGUUUGUGUAUUGAAGACAACUCUGCCCUUGUUGAAAAGCUAGGGAAAGAAGCAGAGCAGUUGGUGCAAUUGCAAGUACUGGAUUGCAAGAUUGAACGUCUGGAAUUGAGCAAGUGUGGAAGCCUUCUGAAGGUACCAGAAGGAUUGCAUCACCUUACAUCUCUUCAAGAGCUUCACAUAAAUGGAUGUUCAAGUCUAGUUUCUUUUCCGGAUGUUGGUCUGCCACCUUGUCUUAAAGUUUUAAAGAUUCAGAAGUGCGAUUCUCUGUUGCACUUUGCAAAAUACCAGAUUGCUCCAAGCCUAAGAAGAAUAGGGAUUUGCGAAUGUGUGAAAUUGAAAUCAUUGAUAGAGAAAGAGGAGGUGGUGGUGGAUGGUUCUUGUUCGUCUUAUUGUCUCAAGUAUUUAGGGAUAAGUAAAUGUCCAUCUCUGUUGUUUUUAUUAUGCAAAGCCCAAUUACCCAGGGCUCUUAAACAGCUUCGGAUACAAAAUUGUAGACAGCUGGAGUUAAUAACUGAGAGGUUCCUCGAUGACACCUGUCAACUCGAACGAAUUGACAUCUGGAAGUGCCCAAACCUUAAAUCCGUACCUGAGGGACUGUGCCACCUCACCAAUCUUCAGUCAUUAGAUAUUUGGCGUUGUCAAAGUCUGGUUUCGUUGCCGAGAAUGAGUGUGUGGCCAAGAGACAUUGAGAUCGGAGAUUGUAAGAAAUUGGAGGUGGCACACUUGCUGAGAGAUAUGAUGCACACUGAGGAAUUGACGAUUGAUUACUGUGAAGGUUUGACUACUACUUCCUUUCCCCCCAACCUAACAUCACUUUCAAUUGACAACAUCAAGAAUUGUAAGGCGCUGAUGGAAUCUCAAGGGUUGCACAGACUUGCCUCUUUGAAAAAAUUGCGGAUCGAAGGAGAUGAUCGAGGUCUGGUGUCCUUUCCACCUGGUGAGAAUUCGAAGGAGAAGGAGAUACUGCUCCCCAGAUCUCUUGUUGAAUUGAGAAUUGCAAGCUUCCCAAAUCUAAAGAAACUGAGCAAGGGCUUUCAAUUCCUCACCUCUCUUGAGCGUCUCCAAAUCUGGUACUGUCCGAAGCUUACAACCAUUCCAGAGGAGGGCCUGCCUCUUUCACUUACGACACUUAGGAUUGAUGGGUGUUCACCUCUACUUGAAGAGAGAUGCAAAGGACGAUACCGGCCCAAGAUAGCACACAUCCCUUGCGUCGAAAUUGAUGGCUACGUGAUCUAGUGGUUUCCAGGUCUGCUUAUGCUCAAAACUGUAGAGCACAUCCUUUUCCUCCUCCACAGAAUAUGAUAUUUGGAUUCUCAAUUCCAGCCUUUCCAUUUGUUAGUUUUGUAUUGUGGAAUGUAGGUUGAUAUUGUGGACUUCAAUGGUUGGCUCGUGCAAAUCCCAUAAUAUUAGUCAUUACUAAGGUUGAUUUACUUGCCAAGGGGACUGAUUUUAAUUGUAUUGGUGAUUGAGUUGUGGAGGCCACCGUAAAGAAGAAGCUUAAGUAAUGUUUGUUUCCUUGGCCAUGCUUUUACUUAUGCAUACAGUAUCAAUCUCCCUGGGUGCUUCUUGGCAGUGUUAUGAGUGUUAAUCUGACGGGCUCAAAGUCUCUGGUUGGAGUAGCUGGAGUUGCUUCAGAGAUUCAAAAGGAGAAGAAGGGGCGGGAAGUGUAUGUUAUGUUGAGCUUCUUGGUGGGAAUUCUGGAAGUUUACUUACUUAGUACCGAGGCUCCGCAAAUGUUGGGAAAUCAGCGUUUAUCAGUGCUUUACUGAUGUGACACGAGAACUGAUGGCGGAAAAGGAUCCAGUUGCUGCAUCAGCGCAAAAGUACAAGCCAAUACAAUCUUCUGUUCCUGGAACUACCUUGGGUCCAAUUCAAAUCAACGCUUUCUUAGGAGGAGGGAAAUUAUAUGACACAUCUGGAGUUCAUCUCCACCAUAGGCAAGCAGCAGUGGUUCAUUCAGAAGACCGACCUUCCCUUGCUCCACAAAGUUGGCUUAGGGCUCAAUCUUAUCAAUACAUUUGCUUCGUAUAUAGUACCAAGAAUAUGAUAUUUGGAUUCUCAAUUCCAGCCUUUCCAGGAGGUUUGUGAUACACUGAUUCAUAGUUUUGUAUCUAUGGAAAAAAUAUCAGCUCUAUUGAGGCAUGUCAAAGAAACUUAGCUCUCAAAAUACAAUCCAAUUUGUUAGAUUUGUAUGUUGCCAUUACAAUCGCAAUGUUUUGACUUUCAGAGCGUUUCACAUCCUCGAUCCUGUAUUUGAUUUUUUGAUUUAUCUAUUUACGUUGUUUUACCUUUA